AUGUGGUCCUCACCUUUGCUACUGUCCCUUACAAGCGUCUUCGGCUUACUAGGCUUGGCGCUUAUUACAUUAGCGUUAGCUACAGACUCAUGGACCGAUUACCAGGUGAACCGGCGAGAAAUAAUCAAUGCCAUGAAUCGAAAUACGGAAUUAAAUACUCGAUUAAAAGACAACGUUGUGAGGAACCCUUUGUAUUUUUCUCGCAGUUACGGUCUUUUCUUAGUAUGCUUUUCAGACGCUGUACCUUCAGAUAUUGGAAGUUUCUCCAAGUUUGGUUCACCGUGCAUUUGGAAUGACGACUACCACCCAUCAGAUGCUGUAUAUGAAAAAUACGACAGCUUACAAAUAUACCGUUAUUACGCCAUGUGGGGUGCUGCAAUAUUAUAUUUGUUGGGAUUAGUGGUGUUCGUUAUUUGUUCUAUUUUCGGUAUGGUUGGCUGCUGGCGGAGAAGCACAAAAAUCGUUCUAACGACAGCAUUACUUAUGCUUUUCUCAGUGAUGUUCCUUGCUGGUUCAAUGGCAUGCUGGCAUUUGGUUAAUUAUUUGGAAAGGCAUGUACUCGAAGUACCUCCUUUCUAUAAGUCAUGGGAACCGAUUCUGAAGCAAGGAACACGAUUUAGCUAUGGUUGGUCAUAUGUGGUAUCUUGGGUUGGUACUGCAUUCAUAUUACUUGCUUCUACAUUCAUGCUAUUAUCUUACAAAAAAAUCAAGGAGGAAGAAGAACGAGCUUUUGAAGCGAAGCAUGGUGCUUAUAUGAUGCCAAACUAUUAUGAUAAAUCUUCGGCGGUAGUACCAUACGGUUAUGGUACAUACAGUGGAUAUCCAGCGGCAUAUCCCGCUGCUUACUAUGGUCAAUAUCCUGUGAAUACGGGGUACUAUGGAUACAUGACAUAUGGCCGUUAA